AUGAUUUGUCCCGACUUUUUAGAAUUUCAGGACAUCCUUAAAAAGAUGCGAGUAAUGGAUGAUAAAAUAGUAUACGCUUUGAAUACUUCCAUUCCUACUGAAUCAUUUAGGACGAAAGUUAAUCCCAGUUCAGCUUGCCAGGAAUUAUAUAUUCAAAUUCAAGAAAGUCACAAAGAAAGAGAAAAUGUCAUAAAAAAUUGUAUUGUUGUAACUGCUGAUUCUGUUAAAAAGUUAAGAGCAGCAAAAGACGGUAAACCUGAUGAUUUUGAGGUUUUAAAAAAUUUAAAGUCUGAACAAAGAAAGUUACGUCUUUUACAAACGGAGCUUAGUGUGGAAGAAGUAAUCAAAGAAAAGACUUCUAAACUAUUUAAUGAAAAAUGUAGAUCAUAUUUUAAGCCAAAUGAUUUAUGA